UGUAUAUACACAGGCCACAACACAAGCCGACACCAGAUACCGAGGGUGCGUUCAAACUUGAAGGGGCUCUUCAAUGACAGCCUUCCUAACAGACCGGCAUAAGUACGGUCAGGACGUCGCAAUACCAGACAGAAUGCUGGAUCUCACAGCUGCCCUUACUCCCAUCCACAUCUUCCCUCCCUCCAUCCUACCUUCACCCUCACCAUGCUGUCCAACUUCCUGGGCAUGAGCGUCGCCCUCCUGCUCCUUGGAGCGUCGCAGCCCCUUCUGGCCGCAAAGCCCUCUCCCGGUUGCGGCAAAGCCCCCAAGAUCAUUACCCCUGCCGCCGGUUCCAGCCCCGGGCUGAGCAUCACCUCCGGGGGCGUCAAACGCCAGUACUUUGUCAAGCUGCCCGCCAACUAUGACAACACGCACCCCUACCGCCUUAUCUUUGCCAUGCACCCCGUCGGCGGUUCCGGCGAGCAAACCUCGCGCGGCACGGGCGGGUACUACAACCUCCCCAACCUCAUCAACGACACCAUCGGCGCCAUCUACGUCGCGCCCACGGGCACGUCGGGCCCCCUGGGUGUCGGCUGGUGGAACAACGGCGGGUCGGACGUUACCUUUGUCAAGGACCUCAUCAACGAGAUCGAGAACGACGUGUGUAUCGACCAGAACCUGCGCUUCUCGACAGGCUUCAGCCACGGCGGCGCGAUGUCCUUCAUUCUUGCCUGCGCGUUGGGCAAGGAGCUGCGCGCGGUUGCCGUCCUAUCGGGAAGCCCCCAGAUCAGCGGGCAGUGCCCGGGCGGAACGGAGCCUGUGGCGUGGUACUCGCAGCAUGGAACAAGGGAUCAGGUGCUGCCAAUCGCGGGCGGGCGACAGAUGCGCGAUCGGUUCUUGAAGAAUAAUGGAUGUGCGGCGAAGGAGGCGAAGGAGCCGGCCAGGGGUGAGAAGCACAUCAAGACGGUGUAUGAGUGCGCGAAGGAGUAUCCGACGACGUUUGUGGCGUUUGAUGGGGACCAUACGCCUUCCCCGAGAGACCCGGGUGCGACGAGCACGUUCUCGGAUAAGUAUACGUGGGAGUUCUUCUCGCAGUUUACAUGAGAACCCAAUAGUUGGAAGGGAGUGGACGGUGACAUACGUCGUAGCGUCGGGUUUGAUGGCAAUAGUUCGGG